CCCCCCCCCCCGCUCCGCACGACAGUUUCCGGAUGCCAGUGGUCCGAGUGCGGAUCGGUGUUGACGGAGCCCGAGGGCCAACUGACGUCUCCGUGUUACCCGAGCAAGUACGGCAACUCGGCGAGUUGCCGGUGGAGCCUGCGAGCGCCGCCGGGCUUCGUGGUGCAGAUCCGGUUCGAGGACUUUGAGCUGGAGGAGGCGCCGGGAUGCAUCUACGACCGGCUCACGGUCGCCACGGGCGACGGCCAAGUCAAGUUCUGCGGUCUGACGGCGGCCGGCCUCGUGCUCAACGCCAGCGGCAACGCCGUGGACCUGGACUUCGCUUCCGACUUCAGCGUUCAGAAAAGAGGCUUCAGGAUCGGCUUCAGGCACGUCGCCGUCGCCUUGAGAAAUCAGAAGGUCGGCCUCAGCGGAAGCGGCGCGCCGGCGGCCCGGGUGUCGGCUUCCGUUACCGUGCCGACGCUGCAUCAGCUGACUCUCUGCUUGGAGAUGGAGCGGAGUGGGCCCCCGCAACAGGCGGAGUGGAUCUUCACGUACGCCGACGCGGACGGCGACGCGGCGCUGGCGCUGGGCGCGGUCCAAGGCCGCGUCCAAAUGGUGGUGGGGGGCGCCGCGUGCUGGCUGGACUCGGCGGUGACGCCGGCCGACUGGACGUCCCCCGCGCUCGGCCUGUGCCUGCUGUGGGCGUCGCCCGCCGGUCACGUGGGCGUCUACUUCAACGGCAAGCAUUGGGCCCGGACCUGCUCGGCCUCCAGCGGGCGCUCCGUUCGCGGCGGCGGCGCCUUUCGCUUGGGAGGGCCAAGCGGCUUCCGGGGCAGCGCGUACAACGUGCGCGUGUGGGACUACGCCAUGACGCCGCAACAGCUGGACGCGCUCGGCUGCCGCGCGGCGGGAAACGUCAUCGACUGGGACAACGCCUUCUGGGACGUGCCCCCCUCCCUGGCCCGGACGGACCCCGCCCUAAGCUGCAGUGUGACCCCGCCCGGCGACGGCUCCGUCCGCGGCGACUGCGGCUCCACGCGCGUCGGGUGUCCAGAGGCCUUGUUCUACAGGCUGGCUUUGGCGGCGCACGACGGGAGCUCGACGCUGACUCCGGCCGACGUGAAGGAAGCCGUCGCCUUGUGGCUGAACGAGACCUUCCGCAACUGGACUCGCGCCGUCUCCGUGGACUUGCUCAGCGUCCGGCCCGAAGGUCACUCGAGCUUCCUGUGUCGCGCGCUGUUGCGCCACCGUGACGUCGCGGAUGACGGCGGCGACGUCCCAGCGCUGGUCCGCGACAGAAUCUGCAGCGGCGAGCUUCCCCUUGGCGCCGGUCUCGAGGUCCACGCGAACUCUGUUCACGUCAGCCCCUUGGAGAACUGUCCAGAAGACGACACGGUGCACUACCGGUGGCCGAAGAGCCCGCCCGGCGCCGCCCACUUCCUGCCGUGCUUCCCCAACAAGGAGCGGAGCGCCACCCGCAGCUGUUUGAUCGACCAUCACAACAUUUCAUCCUUCUGGUCAUCCGCCGACUUCAGCAACUGCACCGACAUCGACGCGAUCCAGGUUUCGGCAGAGAAUGCGGCCGAGGUUGCCGUGCGGCUCGCCGCCAUCACCGACAACCGGCUGUCCCGGGAAGAGGUGUCCAAAGUGGUGAGCAAAGUGCAACAGCUGGUGAACGUGGCCGACAUCAACAGCGGCUUGGCCUCCACGGUGGUCACCAUCAUCUCCAACGUGAUGAGCAGCCCCCACAGCGCGCUCGCGCCCGCCUCGGACAGGGCACUGAGGGCGGUGGAUCAUCUUCUGGACAAGUUGCGCUUCCAAGGCUCCAGCGUGAGCAUCGGGUCCAGGAGGCUGGCUCUGGGGGUGUCGGCCUUCAACGCGUCCGCCUUCAACGGGACGUCCUUCAGCGCCUUCGUCCCGGCAAACUCGACCGAGCCGCAGGUCGGCUUUGAGUCGGAGCACAUCAACUCGCUGGCUCGGGUCACCCUCCCGCCCUCGCUGUUGUCGGGCGCGGACCCCUCGGCCCCGACCCGGAUCAACUUCCUGUUCUUCGGCACCACCGGCCUCUUCCAGCCGGAGCAGGACGGCCGCGCCCUGAUCAGCUACGUGGUGGCGAGCAGCGUUGCGAGGCGCGGCGUGAGCGAGCUGAAGGAUCCCGUGGAGAUCCACAUCAGCCACCUGGCGCCUCAGACCCUCCUCAGCCCGCUCUGUGUGUUCUGGGACUUCAGCAUGAACGGUGGCGGCGGCGGCUGGAACGGCGACGGCUGCCGCGUGGCCGCAGAAUCUGGUGUCAACAAAACGGUUUGCCUGUGUGACCACCUGACCCACUUCGGCAUCCUCAUGGACAUUUCGGGAGCGUCUCCGCACAUUGACCGGCGGAACAACCGCAUCCUGACCUUCAUCACCUUCAUCGGCUGCGGCGUGUCGGCCAUCUUCUCGGCGGCCACGCUGCUCACCUACGCGGCCUUCCGGAAGUUGCGUCGAGAUUACCCGUCCAAGAUCCUGAUGAAUUUGAGCGCGUCGCUGCUGCUCCUGAACGUGAGCUUCCUGCUCAACGGCUGGUUGUCGGGGCGACGCGGCGAGGCGCCGUGCCUGGCGGCCGCGGCGCUGCUUCACUACUUCCUGUUGACGUCCUUCACGUGGAUGGGCCUGGAGUCGGUGCACAUGUACAUCGCGCUGGUCAAGGUGUUCAACACUUACGUGCGCCGCUACAUCCUCAAGUUCUGCCUGCUGGGCUGGGGCCUUCCCGCCGCGCUGGUGGUCUCGGUCCUGGCCGUGGAUCAGCGCUCAUACGGACGGCAGGAAUACGGCGGCGGACGGUUCGGCGAAGGAUCGUCGCAGUUCUGUUGGAUCCGCAGCGCGGCGGUGUUUUAUGCGGCGUGCGUGGCCUACUUCUGCCUGGUCUUCCUGCUCAACGCGGCCAUGUUUGUUGUGGUCAUGCUGCAGAUCUGCGGACGCAACGGCAAACGCGGCAACCGCACGCUGCGCCAGGAGGUGGUGCGGAACCUUCGCAGCGGCGUCAGCCUAACCUUCCUGCUCGGCAUGACGUGGGCCUUCGCCUUCUUCGCCUGGGGGCCGGUCAGCCUGGUCUUCGUCUACCUAUUUGCCAUCUUCAACUCGCUGCAAGGCCUCUUCAUCUUCUUCUUCCACUGCGCCCUCAAAGAGAACGUUCAGAAGCAGUGGAGACGCUCGCUUUGCUGCGUUCGCCUCAGACUCUCCGAGAACUCCGACUGGAGUAAAACGGCAACCAACAACACAAAGAAGGCGUCUUCGGAGCAGGCCGUCCAAUCCCUGUCAUCGUGCUCCUUUGGCUCCGGCGCCACCUACUGGACGUCCAAGGCCAAAAUCAACCUGCCACCCUUCAGCAACACAGAAAAACCAAACGGGACCGGUCCCUUUUCCUCCAAGGCGGAGUCCAUCUCGUCAUCGUCAUUGACGUCCUCCCGUCCGUCCUUCCCGUCAGCCAGAUGAUUGACGAGAACGACGGCUAGCGCCGAGCGCGCUCCGACGCCUCCGAAAAGAAGGGCGCUCACGCUGAGCAACUGUAACCCCGCCCCCUACCGCGCCCCGUCAGAACGCCGUCAUGUCACGACAAACGGGAAGUGACAUGACGGCGUGACCAAAUCUUCAGGAAUGUCCGGCGCCCGCCAGGUCGUCCUCCACGGACGGCCUGGCGGGCGCCCGGGUGGCGGCCGGGCGGAUGCCGGGCGGAUGCCGCGCUGGUCCCCGGGCGUGCGUCUGCCUCGCGCCCCGCGGGUAAGCGGCGGCCGGUCGGUGGCCUUGCCGCCCAAAGACCAAGGCCGGGAAAAGCAACCGUGGAAGAAGAGCCUUGUUGACAGACCUCACGCAAAGGGCGUCCGCCGCACUUGCCCUUGCACCGUCCCCCCAUCUUGUGUAACAGCAGAUUGUGCUGAUAUGCGCUCACUCGAAAAACGCUCGA